UCCGCCUGACGCCGGAAGUGUCUUUCCGCCCCUGCCACCGGACCAUGGAGGCUGUGGCACAGUAAAGUCUUGUGGUGGAAGGAUUGUGGGGGUGGUGGCCAUGGAGGCCGUGCUGAACGACCUGGUGUCUGUGGAUGAUCUGAUGAAAUUUGAGAAGAAAUUUCAGUCUGAGCAAGCAGCAGGUUCGGUGUCCAAGAGCACGCAGUUUGAGUACGCCUGGUGCCUGGUGCGGAGCAAGUACAAUGAUGACAUCCAUAAGGGCAUCACGCUGCUCGAGGAGUUGCUGCCCAAAGGGAGUAAAGAGGAACAACGAGAUUAUGUCUUCUACCUGGCUGUGGGUAACUACCGGCUCAAGGAAUAUGAAAAGGCCCUGAAGUACGUGAGAGGGCUGCUGCAGACGGAGCCCCAGAACAACCAGGCCAAGGAGCUGGAACGGCUCAUCGAUAAGGCCAUGAAGAAAGAUGGCCUGGUGGGCAUGGCUAUUGUUGGUGGCAUGGCCCUGGGUGUCGCAGGACUGGCUGGACUCAUCGGACUUGCUGUGUCCAAGUCGAAAUCCUGAAGGAGACUGCCCCUGUUCCUCUGCCUGGGGUUCUCCUAGGGCACUUUCCAAAGAGGAGCCAUCCAUCCUUGCAGGCCAUUUCCUGUUCUCCCCUGUAUCCUUGUUACUGUCCUCUGGGGCCUUCUGCCUCCACUUUCCUGAGAUCUGUUGUUCAGCCACAAGUCAUAUGCUUUGGGAUGAGUGUAAAUAAAAUUGAGCCGAAUUUGA